AUGCGCAGCAAGUACAGGGAUAUGCUCAAGGGCAAGUGGACGCCGCCUGCGUCGCGAUGUCUCGAAGACCCGGUGAAAGAGAAGCAUAAACGGAAGAGAAAGAAAACAGAUGGUGAACCCGAACAAAGCACGCCUCAGCUUGCGCCGCCUCCUGAUCCGGCGCUACAGCUGAAAAAACAGCGGCGCGUCUCAUCUGACAAGUCACCGCCGCAAAGGGCAAAAGAGAAGACCCCCGUUCAGCUGGUCGAUGCAAGCAGCGCGUGGUCUGGACCGCCAGGCGGGCAGAAAGAAGCACACCUCCCGGAGAAGGCGACUCUCGAGACGAAAGGCUCCAUUCCACUUUGUCGACGAGCGCUGUGCGGAGCUGCGCCGCCGGUAGACCUUCUCGGCUUCGGCCUGCCUGCCAGGGAACUGGCUUCCGUGUUGCGUCAGAGACGACUAACAGUUCAGACAACGCACGGACAAGUCUUGCAGGAAGGAACGGUCCCACGCGAGCAAGGCGCGGAACGCUCCGAGGAAGCUGCUGCUCUUCCAGAAGGGCGAAGUGACGGAGCAAAGCAGGGACACCCGGACACGGGACAAGGACCACGUCUCCAGGUAUUUUCAGAGCCUGCUUCAACUUUGCCGUCUUCUUUGGAACUGUCAGCUUCGUCCAUUCUUCCCUCGUCGAGUGCUUGUUUGCCUUCCACUUCUUUGCGUUCUCUUUUUUCGUCCCUUUCUCCGCCACUGUCACGGGUGAAAGCGGCAGAGACACCCCGCGUGGAGCAGUUCGCCUUAAAGUGCGACUGCGUAGUGAUUGGAGCGGGAGUGAGUGGCCUGGCCGCUGCCGCGUACCUCCGGAGAUGUGGAGCGAAAGUUCUGCUCGUUGAAGCGAGGUCGCGUGUCGGUGGACGGACGUUCACCACGCGCUUGCCGGCUCGACAACUUCCCGGUGGAAGAACUGUGAAAGACAUCCAUGUCGACCUUGGAGCGAACUACAUGCACUGCGUGACGCGGUUUCGGCGUCGGCAAAAGCGCACGGCGCCGCCCGGCCGGCUAGGAGUCCGGAAGGGUCAAGAGGCUCGUUUUUCGGUCGCGAAAGACGCGGAGUUUCCCGCAACGGCGUCACUGGGAGAGUCAACUGGCAAGGCCCGCGGAGGCGUUCAGUGGCAACCGGAGCCUCUCAGAGACUGCCGGUGGAGACGCGAGCCGUCUCGCUCCGUCAGUGGCGUCGCCGCUGUUCUUCGCCCUUUGGUGGCGGACGUCUGCGGAAAACAAAAUUGGGAAAGCACGUUUUUCUGCAAUUGGUAUGACGACGGGACGGGGUCCCGGAUCUCCCCCGCGUCGAUCGUUCGCGUUUUCCACGUCCUCGAGCUGAUUCGCCAGCGCGCAGCGGCGAAACUUGCCCAUUUCCCGGCGCCUUCGUCGUCAGUGCCUGGAACAGCGAAGCGGAAAGCCAGCGACGAGGAACACCAAGGCAGACCCGGAGGGACGCCUCCGAGCCGCAACGAAGCACAGGGAGACACAGAGUACGCUGGCGCGACCUCUGUUCCCGACGUCGCAUCUGCCUCAGUGUCCUCGUCUGCGCGCGUGCCAGCGUGUGUUGUUGUUCCGACCUCGGAGGUCGAGGAAGUCGUGCCGGGCCCGACUGCCUUUCCCCUGUCUUGCUCGUAUGCAGCUGACUGCUUUGCACUUCCGUUAAGAACGUACCUGAAUCUGAGGUCGAGCUCCAGCCCUCCGUCUUCCUCUUUGCACCUCCUUCCGCACGCUGCAGCGCCUCGCCUUGUCCACAGAGGCGCGUCCUUGACCUCGAGCAGCCGGGGAGAAGGCCACGAAAAGGCAGGUUCUGGAGGCGCGGCGGAGGUCUGCCCGUGCGUCUGUGGCGCCGAAGAAGAUCUUCUUUCGAGCGGGAAUCCGCGUUCAGCGGCACGGCCGGGUUUUGGUGCGGAGACAGCCUCCGCUGAGGCCGACGACGGGGCCAAGAGCCGCGAGAAGAAGCGGAAAACGCGGACUUCUCUGAUUGCCUCUUCCGCGUUCCCGUCCUACUACCCCCUCGGCGGGGCGUUGCGGUGUCAAUGCACCGAGGCAGACGAGGAAGCCGGCGAAGGCUCUUGGGCGCCGGAGAGAACGUCUGCCGCUCUGCCGCCCCAAGCAAAGACGCGCGCGCCGGGCCAGGGAACCGUCACGGGCAUGUCCCUGUCCACGCCAACGUGUUGCGCUGUGUGUUGCACCGGUCAGUGUCGAAAAAGGAGAGGUGGAAUGGGAGUAGCUCGGCGAGAGGAAACGUUCCCGCGUGGUUCCCUCAUCGGACCGGGCACCCCGGCCGGAGCCGCAUCCCGGUCAAGCGACCGAAAAGCGUGUGUGGCCUCUCUGCGUCGGGAUAAAGCGGGCGGGAAGGAGCGCGACGAGCCGAGCAACGCGGGAGGGAGACGCGAGACGACCUCGCCGGUGAAUCGUUCGCGAGGCGACGCCAGUUCGAUGGGUCAAGAAAAGCAGGCUGGGGAAAGCGCGGUCCAGCUGCAGGCGCGAGGGGCUGACCCGACCGGCACAGGGACUGACUCUGGCGGAUGUCACUCGCCGCCGAGUCUUGGCGACGGAGGCAGGACCGCAAAAGGGUGCAUUUCUGCGGCCAAGGGCGCACUGGAAGCUCCAAAAAGUCAGGCUGCUUCCUCGCCUUCCCUCCGCGUGCACGAGCAUGCAGUUUUGCGGCCCGUGUUUCCAGCCGCGCUGUGUACAGACAGUGGAUGCCGGCGAAGCGCGUGGGACAUCCUCGAAGAGUGCAUUCGGGAAGUGCUCGAGGAGGAGUGCCUGCCUGUGUGUGAGGGCCCGCAGUUGCGGCCGGGAGAAGAGGAAGACCCCGAUAAAGCGCAGGCCGCUAGGCCGUCGCUGAGCCUGAGCAAGCAGGGAUCUGACAAAAAGCUCCGGAAAGCGGGCCUGGCGGGAGACGCGGAGGCAAGCAAGCGUGGAGUCUCUCAGACGCCAGUGAACAGGCCGGCUCCUCCGUUUGCUUUGGAAGAUACAUCGGGGCAGACCAAGGCUCCAGUGGGAAAUGAGGCGGACGCCGUCGCUGGGCCAGCCGAGAAAGGAAGAGGGAAAGCGGGGGCUCGACCCAGAGGUUCCACCUUUCCCCUGACAGACCAGGAAAUGCGAAUGCUGUUUGUGCAGCUGCAGUCGCGACUGGGGUACGUCGGGGACCUGAGGGAGCAGUCCGUCUCUGCUCUCCGAAACUUCCCUUUCGAGGUGGCGGUUUUGGCCCAUCGCGGGCACGACCGGCUGGCCGCAAGGUCCUGCGGACCGCUUUCCCCCGAAUCGUCCGGCCCGUCCGAAGACGCUUCUUCUUCCCUCUCGCAGGUGCUCCCCUUUGGAGCGGCCGUCGCGGCGCCCUCCGCGUCUCCUCCCUCGUCUCUCCCGCUUCCUGCCGCUGGCUCUGUGGUCCUCUCCUCCCAGUCGUCAGCGCGACUGCCGCAGGCGCGCGACGCCGACGCGCCCGCGCCGGCACAGAGUCUUCUACAGAGGCCAGGCAGUCUGCCUUUUUGUGCGGCGCUCCGCGGAAACGGAGAGGGCGACGGGAAGCGAACAGCGCAGACAGAAGAAGUUCAGAGCCUCCUGGAGCCUCCUGCAGUCGCGCAAGAAACGAGCCGUGGGUCUCUGCAGGGGACACAUGUCGCGGAGCCGAUGUCCCUGCUUCGCCCCUUUCCUAUGUAUCAGUCGAGUGCCGCGCUGCGCGCUCAGCAGCAGCAGUUGGUCUACACCCUCCAAAGAGAGCAACAACAACCGGGGCCUCGCGUGAAUCCCUUCAAUGCCUGGACGGCUUCGGGGGCGGAUAAAAUCGUCGUUGAAGGCUGGAACUUCCUGCCUGCGUUCCUGGCGCUCCAAGUUCAUCCGUUCAUUCUCACAGGCGCUGUCGCCGACUUCGUAGAAGUUGCGCAACCGAGAGAAGAGGCGACGGGAAAGACAGACUGCAAAGCAGACGAGACGCUCGAAACCGAGGCUUCUUGGCCGGUGCGAGUCCGCGUUAAAGCCCACCCCGCCGCGGUGGAGUUCACGAAGAGCCACGGCCUGCCGACGACGCGGAGGCGGAAGGAGCGAGCGUCGGAGCCUCGCACGGGAACCGAAGAAGAAAGCGAAACGACAGAAGAGGCACUGCCAACAGAGGAGACAGAAAACACAGAAGCCACAUUCUUCGACGUCUACGCCAAGUUCGCGAUCGUCGCCCUGCCAGUGUCGCAGUUGAGUCCGUCUUUCCUCGCCCCCCCUGCAGGCUCAGCGGACAGAGCCUCGCCCUUCCACGCGAGAAAGAAGUCUGCGACAGCUGCGAACCAGAGUGGAACCCCCACGAACGCCGAGGGGUCUGCGCUGCCGAGAUCCACAGGUCUGCUGCAGUUCUACCCUGCGCUGUCGCUGGAGAAACAACAGGCGUUAACGCGCAUCGCAAUGGGCGUCCAUAACAAGGUUAUCUUGCGCUGGCACCCAGCAGACAUUUUCUGGGAGCGCCACCAGCUGCAGCUGAACUGCUUGGACCAGAAGUUCCAGUUUCUGAAUCUUCAUGCAUAUGGAAAGGAGGGGUGCCUUCUAGCGCACGCGUUUCCUCCCUUCUCGAACGGCUAUGGCGGACUCCAGUCCGACGACGCGGUUGUGGCCGAAGUGCUUGCCGUGCUUCAGCGAAUGUUUGGCCUCCCCGACAAGAAAUUCCCUCCUCCCGUGGAUUACAUUGUCACGCGCUGGCAAGACGACCCUCUGGCUCGCGGAUCCUAUUCGUUUCCAGCAGUGAAUGCCUUUGACGACGACACCGAGAUUCUCCGUGCGCCGCAUCCCGCGGAGAAUCCGCGGGUUCUCUUCGCCGGGGAGUAUGUCAGCAAGGCGUACUUCCAGUGCGUCGAUGGCGCCUUCGACACGGGGUUGCGCGCGGCGGAAUGCGUGGCCCACGAGGGUUUGCAUCUUCCUCUGCCUCCGCGCGAAGACAAAACGCCUCUUGCGCUGGACGUCUUCACAGGGUGUUUGUCGCCCAGGCUGGAGGGGGGGGCUGCUGCCUCCGCAACAAAGGCGAACGGGGAAAAGGAGGAAAACGACGCGGAGUCGGGACACCGCGAAAGCAGACCUUCCUCUUCUGUCUCGACCAGGAUGUUGACUGCCUGUCCUUUCACAGGGUUCCCUAUGCCGGGUGUACCGACAGCUCUUCGAGGCUACUACAUUACAGACAUGUCCGACGCAGGACUGACGGAUGGCGAGGGGUCCGAGCCGGAAUCCGCGUUUACCGCCUCCGCUGAUGGACGCCGCUGCACAGCUGCAAAGCGCGCAGAGCUAGAGCUGUGCGAAGAGAACUUCUUGCGGCGGUGCCUCGACUUCUUGCGGGCCGGAGGCGAAGAGGAAGAGGAGAGAGACGGCACGAGAAAUGACGUGGCGGGAGAGAGUUUCUGCACGUUUCUCUUCCCUUCCCAGAAAUUCUUCUACGACGCCUUCCUCGCGCACGUGCCGCUGGUCGCCGGCGAGUCGAACACCGACCCGGCCUCCGCGGAGCUUCCAAGUUCAACGUCUCUCGAUCCCUCAGAGACGCUGUGCGCGGUGCUUGCGAGCGCGGUCUCGUUCACAAAAGAGGAACUCGAAGAGGCGCUGGCAACUCGCUCGCAAGACCGUUUGCCGAGCCUCGCGUCCCUGGGUUUCCUGCGAAACGCCGACGCGUGCGCCCCGCACGAGAAGAACCGUGGAGCUGGUCAGAGACACUCCACGUCGCGUGCGGGCGAGACCGAGGCGGAAACCGUCCCCCGAGACUUCCAAGAGCUCAGGGAUUUCCUCGCAUUUCUUGCGCAGCACGACCUCUUUGCUCGCAGACGCCUCCUGCUUCCCCUCUGGCUGGCAGCCAACCGGACGCUCGAUGAACGUCGAACGCGGCGCGAAACCCCGAAGGGAGUGAAAGGCGACCCGGUGGAGGGAGGCGACGAAGCGGUGGAGGGAGGCGACGAAGCGGUGGAGACAGAGGAGACAGUCGAGUGGACGGGCCGACGAGCCGCGGAAGCAGGGACAGCAGCCCACGGCAGGGUGGGAAGGCGUGCCAGCGUCGCACCUCUUGCAGAAAGACAGCGGCGAGGUGACGUAGGAGACGAGGACUGCUGGAAGGCCUCGAGGAGGGCGGAAGCGAGCGGGGAGGCCGGGUCGCAUGCAGAUAGUGAAACGGAUUCGGAAGGAGCAGAAACCGAGGAAGAAAGACGUCGCCUGCGCUGGGUGUACUUGCGGGCAGCCGAGGUGCUCACGCGCCACGCACGAGCGGCAGCUUUCCUGCCUUCUCUGUCAGCCAUCGGUCUCGCUAGCUUCCUUGUUGAUUCGCUUCCUCGUCUGGCUCGGAGACCCACGGUCGCCGCGUCGGGCCUAAGAACGGCACGCGACAUGUGGACCCGCUCAACAGAACCUAGGGAAGUGAAGCCCGAAAACUGUCUCGCUUCGCUUCCGGAAAACGGGAAUGGAGAGCAACUCCUUCGAAAGCCUGACCGCAGUGCCUUCCCGUCGUCUCCAGCGCCCCACACUUCUCCGCAAACUGCUGAGAAGGAGCUCGCCUCAGGGGCGUGUCCGUCACAGACUCCGCCAGGCAGCGCACCGGCGUCGUGUGCGGUGGGGCGCGAACCUCCCGAGAAGGAAAAGACUGGCAGGUCGCGGGAACUCUUGCGAGACGCUUCGAGAUUUCGGCGACGCCCGACGGCCUGCGAGUUUCGAAGAGAACUGGAAAACCGUCUUCUCCACCAUCUCGCUCGGAGCGCCUUUCCGUCCGCCGACAUCGCAGCCACGGCGCUGCGCGAGUUGUUGAAGGCGGCGCAAGACGGCAAAGGUCUGAACGAGGACGUGCACUUCCGUGAGGGCCGCGAGGGAAGCGCAGGAAAGGCCUCCGACAGGAAGGCGAGACGCGGGGAGUCGACCCGUGUCGACUCCUGCAUGCAGAGCUGGAAGCGCCCGACACGGGGUUGUGGACAGGACGCAGGUGCGCUGGGGAGGCAAGACGAAGCGGGCGAAGCUGCGAGGCGGAACAACGACUCGCGGGGCAAUCCAAAGACAGAAGAGGACGAACUGGGGGAGGCCGAGCGAGGGAGUUCAGACGAUGUCUCCGACGAAGGAGCCUACCAUGAACGGCUCUGCUGGAUGUGUGGGGUCGGUGGAGAUCUUCUGCUUUGCGACGGCGACGGGGAACCGGAGCGGUCUCGAGCGAGUCUUGAGAGAGCGAGGCGGAACUCAGAAGAGGGCGAGCUCUCGGCUGCUUUCUCUCGCGGACGCAAAUCUUUCGAGCAACGCCAAGUUCCUUCUCCGUCUGCCAUCGGCCGCCAGCCCGGUCAGCAGGAUCCCCCUCCGUUGACUGCCGCGGGUCGUGGUGGACGUUCCCCCUCGCCCCGGCGGUGUCGGCGCGUCUUUCACCUGGCCUGCGUCUUCCCCCCGCCUACGAACGAGGAACUGCAACAGGACGCCGUUUGGAGAUGUCCGAUUUGUCGUUUCAAGAGCGAUGACAGACGCGCUGCGGGACCCAGCGUCGGGCGCGACAGCGGUGCGUCGAACCUCGAAGAGCGCCUUGCGCAGCCUGAGGGGAACGACCCGCGCAGCGAAAGUGAGGUCAGGCUUGGACAGUCUCUGUGUGUGCCUGUCUGGGAGGGACAUCCCUGGGAAAGGGCUUCCCAGGGAGAACGCGAACAGCGCGAGAAACUGGCCAAGAUGCGUCGCUUCGGAACGCUGUCGAGUCUCGCCCUGCACCGUGUGUCGCUGAAGAAGCUGUUUGUCGAGGAAGUCAAGUGUCUGCUGGCUACCACGAGGCGCGUGCGUCGCCGUUUCGAAUUCCUCGUGAGACAGCGUGAGCGUCGCGAGGAAAUGCAGCAGCGAAAAGAGCAGCGACGAAGGCGCGCCGAGCAGAGGAAAGAGGAACGGCGGCGGAAGAAGCGCGGAAGAGCCAAGGCUGCGCCGGGCGGGGCCGGAGACCCCACACCGGGUCUGGGCGCGGCCGAAGCGCUCGCGGAAGCAGGAGGGGGGCACAGUGGAAAGGCGGGGGAGGGACCUGCCGGGACUGGCGCAGAGGAACGCGCGCGAGAAGAGACGCGCAAAGGGCCAAGUUGCCGAGCUACCCUUCCCGCCGAGACGCGUGGCCAGCCGGUGCAGACGAUAGACGACGCAAAACGGAAUCCGCGGGGACGUCCUGCCGUCGCGAGAGAGACACCCGAUGGAGAGGAGAGAAACGACGAACAGUCGGAUUCAAAGAAGAGUUCUGCCUCGGAGCCGAAACGCACCAUUCGGACGCGCGCUGUAGUUGCUGCGAGCGCGCCUGCGGGGAACGUCGACAGCGACGCGGGCGCUGAGAAGUCCGGUGGCGACGACGAAGACGAGAGCGACGAUGACGCCCUCUUCACAGAAGACGGACGGCCGAUCAACCCGUUUGUGACUGCGUCGAAAGACUCCCGGUUCUCCUUGGCUCUUCAAGUUUUGAAGGACUUUCGAGACGCGGGGGAGUCGGGCCACCUUCCGCUCUCGCGUCUCGCCUGGCAUAUCCAAGCUGGCUGCCGCUGCUGUCUUGACCCUGCAAGGCCCGAAGACGCAUGCACGUCGCUCGAUCUCGAGGCCGACGCAAAGAAAGAAGAUGCAGGGGGAAGGCUCAGUUCGUCCGCAGGCGGGGUUCACGGCCAGAGCAGUCGAGCGUUGCGAGCGUCCGACGAGCGCGGGGCCUGCAAAACGCUGGAAGGUGGAUCCGGCGACGUGCGCCGCUGUCAGUGCCAACGGGACGAGAACGCGGAGCGUUUCGAGCGCACAAAGUGCAAGUGUGACGCUGCAGUGCUGGCGGCUGCAGCUGAGGCAGUCGCCAGUCUCGCGUGUGAAGCAGGCACAGCGCGAGAUGGGGGGGCGUCGCCUGGAUGGGACAUGUGUGCGUGGGAGAGGGAGGAAACGCACGGCGAAAAGAGACAGAGAGAGGGAAUGGACGCGAAACACGUCCGUCCACAGACUGGCUCCGGUGUGCAGCCUCCGGAAGACGAGGGGGCUCCACUUCCAAGUCCAGGCCAGGCGGAGAGAGUGCGAGUUGUCAGGCAUGUUUGCGAAUCGGACAUCCUGGAGGACGCGACGCCUGCGCGCAACAGUUUCGCAUGGCCUACGCCUUCCCUCCCCUUGCAUCUCCUCUCGCGCUUCGCCACUUCGCCCUUUGUUCCUCGCUGCUCCACGCCGCCUCCAGUCCCUGCGCGAGGCCGUGAAAGUCUCUCGACACCCAAACCCUCGACUCGUACCAGCGCACCCAGCAACCUACCGCCUGGCGCCCCUGCCCGAGCACCUGGACUGCCGCAGGCCUCCGGCGCGACCUCGCCCUCGCCUCCAGCUCCGCCCGAUUCUGUUGCGCCCAACCUGGGGUCUGUUGCUGCGCAAGAAAAGCCCGCAGGUGCCUGUCCAACCGCACCUGUUCGUGGAGAAAAAAAGGUCGAGCGCCUCUCUCCCGUUCCGGACCCAGUUGCGCUGCGGCCGAGCGCGUCUCCCCCCAUGAAAGUCCCUUGCUUCUCGCGAGGCCCGAUGAAGGCCGCCGCGAAGGCCACACCGUACCUCAAAGGCUGCCAGAGCAGAAUGCAGCCUUCCAGUCACGGGGAAUUCAGGCUCCAAGGCGCCCACGUGUCGGCUGAGCGGCGGCUCCCGUCUGCAGACGCAGCGUUGCGCUUUUCUCCACCUUCGGCAGCCUCGAAAACGCCGGAUGACGCGUCUCAAGCACGCCUUCUCCGUCCCACGUGA